AUGUGGAAAGCUACACGAUUGUUGGUAGUGAUUUUCGUCGCGGUUUUUGUGCACUGCGUGUGCGCAGAUUUACCUCACUUCUUCUACUCUGAUAUUUCGUCCGACAUUGACGUGAACUCUGACAAUUCCGGCUUGCACGAAGGUGUGCACCACGGCAAGAACAAUAUUCCCAAUGGUGCCCGUCUCGUCUUGCUGCCGGUCGGUAACGAGGGCGCAAAACUUGCAGCAUACUUGUCCAAGAACAAUAAUGACGCAAAGACUACCAACGUAUACGUGAUGAUGCACGGACGUUUGCGUGAUGGUGACAACUACUGGACCAUUAUGGACAAUGCAUUGAAGGAUGCAAGGAAUGCUAACUUCGCCGAUGUGCCCGAGAAUGCAAUUGUUGUGGCACCGCAGAUGUACUCCAAGGCUCUGAAUAAGGGCCAGUACUCGAAGAACACCCUUGCAUGGGCCGAGCUGAACACUUGGGAGGCAGGGCUGGUCGCCGCGAAUCCCAGCGGGACGAACUUGACUUCUAUGGACGCGCUGGAUGCCGUCGUGGACUACUUUUCUUCGGGACAGUUCCCCAGCAUGCGCAACAUUACCAUGAUUGGACACGGCGGCGGUGCUCAGCUGAUGAACCGUUACGCGGCCACUGGUGAGGACGCACCGAACGGCAAGAUCCACAUCCGCUACGUUGUUGGUGAUCCCAGCAGCUCUCCAUACUUUACCACUGAUCGCCCCGUGUCGGAUGAAAACGUUGUGCGCAAGGCCUCUUGCAAUGGAUACAACGAUUGGCGUUACGGGUUUGACAAUUUCCCCGGGACUAGGUUCGCAAAGAUGAUGCCUGUUGAUUACUUUGGCAGGUAUGUCAACCGCGAUGUCAUCAACAUGGUUGGCCUGAACGAUGUUCUGCACAAUGGCGACCAGCAUUGCAUGGCUCUUUUGCAGGGAGGCCCCAAGCGCCGCGACCGCAACUUGAGCUGGUGGCGCUACAUCCACAUGCUUGCUAGGAGUAACGAGAACCUCGACGGGUUCCCCGGCAACUUUAGCAACUUGCCAGAUUGGAGUCGUGUGCACAAUGGCAUCAAAACACGUCUUGCUGUUGUGCCGGAUGCUGGUCAUUCCGCAAAAAAAGUGUUCGGCAGCGACAUUGGCCGUUCUGUCCUCUUCAGUAAUGGCGACGUGACCCCAGGCUGGAGGCCAGGCAAUGACAGCGGCAAGAGCAGCAGUAGCAGCAGCAGCAGUAGCAGCAGCAGCAGCAGCAGCAGCAGCAACAACAACAGCAGCAACAACAAGGGCAGCAACAACAAGGGCAGCAACAACAACAGCAGCAACGGGCACAAGCACAACAACAAGCACAACAACAAGCACAACAACAACAGCAACAAGGGUAACAACAGCGGCAACAACAAGAAGAGCAACAGGCAUAACACAAGCAACAACUAG